GCCGUUACCAGCUGGUUCCACCCGCCCGACGCAGGCGCCGCGCAGCCAAUCGGCGGCUGCCACACAGCGGCCCGAGCCGGGCUUGGGGGUUGGGACCUCCGGCUGCAGGUCCGCCUGGGCCAGACGCGCGAGCGCAGGCAGCUGGUGUGUGGUCGCGCGCACGACCUCCGCAGUCCCAGCCGAGCCGCGACCCUUCCGGCCGCCUCCACCCCACCUCGCCGCCAUGCGCCUUCGCCGCCUUGCGCUGUUCCCGGGCGUGGCGCUGCUUCUCGCCGCGGCCCGCCUCGCCGCUGCCUCUGAUGUGCUAGAACUCACGGACGACAACUUCGAGAGUCGCGUCUCCGACACGGGCUCUGCGGGCCUUAUGCUCGUGGAGUUCUUCGCCCCCUGGUGUGGACACUGCAAGAGACUUGCUCCUGAAUAUGAAGCUGCAGCUACCAGAUUAAAAGGAAUAGUCCCAUUAGCAAAGGUUGAUUGCACUGCCAACACUAACACCUGUAAUAAAUACGGAGUCAGUGGAUAUCCAACCCUGAAGAUAUUUAGAGAUGGUGAAGAAGCAGGUGCUUAUGAUGGACCUAGGACUGCUGAUGGAAUUGUCAGCCACCUGAAGAAGCAGGCAGGACCAGCUUCAGUGCCUCUCAGGACUGAGGAAGAAUUUAAGAAAUUCAUUAGUGAUAAAGAUGCGUCUGUAGUAGGUUUUUUCGAUGAUUUAUUCAGUGAAGCUCACUCUGAGUUCCUAAAAGCAGCCAGCAACUUGAGGGAUAACUACCGAUUUGCACAUACGAAUGUUAAGUCUCUGGUGAACGAGUAUGAUGAUAAUGGAGAGGGUAUCAUCUUAUUCCGUCCUUCACAUCUGACUAACAAGUUUGAGGACAAGACUGUGGCAUAUACAGAGCAAAAAAUGACCAGUGGCAAAAUUAAAAAGUUCAUCCAGGAAAACAUUUUCGGUAUCUGCCCUCACAUGACAGAAGACAAUAAAGAUUUGAUACAGGGCAAGGACUUACUUAUUGCUUACUAUGACGUGGACUAUGAAAAGAAUGCUAAAGGUUCCAACUACUGGAGAAACAGGGUAAUGAUGGUGGCAAAGAAAUUCCUGGAUGCUGGGCACAAACUCAACUUUGCUGUAGCUAGCCGCAAAACCUUUAGCCAUGAACUUUCUGAUUUUGGCUUGGAGAGCACUGCUGGAGAGAUUCCUGUUGUUGCUAUCAGAACUGCUAAAGGAGAGAAGUUUGUCAUGCAGGAGGAGUUCUCGCGUGAUGGGAAGGCUCUGGAGAGGUUCCUGCAGGAUUACUUUGAUGGCAAUCUGAAGAGAUACCUGAAGUCUGAACCUAUCCCAGAGAGCAAUGAUGGGCCUGUAAAGGUAGUUGUAGCAGAGAAUUUUGAUGAAAUAGUGAAUAAUGAAAAUAAAGAUGUACUGAUUGAAUUUUAUGCUCCUUGGUGUGGUCACUGUAAGAAUCUGGAGCCCAAGUAUAAAGAACUUGGAGAGAAGCUCAGCAAAGACCCAAAUAUCGUCAUAGCCAAGAUGGAUGCCACAGCCAAUGAUGUGCCUUCUCCAUAUGAAGUUAGAGGUUUUCCUACCAUAUACUUCUCUCCAGCCAACAAGAAGCUAAAUCCAAAGAAAUAUGAAGGUGGCCGUGAAUUAAGUGAUUUUAUUAGCUAUCUACAACGAGAAGCUACAAACCCCCCUGUAAUUCAAGAAGAAAAACCCAAGAAGAAGAAGAAGGCACAGGAGGAUCUCUAAAGCAGUAGCCAAACGCCACUUUGUAAAAGGACUCUUCCACCAGAGAUGGGAAAACCAUUAGGGAGGACUGGGACCCAAAUGGGAAUUAUUACCUCUCAGGGCUGAGAGGACAGAAUGGAUAUAAUCUGAAUCCUGUUAAAUUUUCUCUAAACUGUUUCUUAGCUGCACUGUUUAUGGAAAUACCAGGACCAGUUUAUGUUUGUGGUUUUGGGAAAAAUUAUUUGUGUUGGGGGAAAUGUUUUGGGGGUGGGGUUGAGUUGGGGGUAUUUUCUAAUUUUUUUUGUACAUUUGGAACAGUGACAAUAAAUGAGACCCCUUUAAACUGUC